UUCCAACCUACAGACACAGAAAGCAGAGAAGAAGAGACCAGGCUCUGAUCAGAACUGAGAACCCGCCACCCGACAAUGUCCAUCGCUGCCUGUCUCUUCACCCCCGCCACCUCCACGUUCACCUCUCCUUCUGUGGCCAAACUCACCCCCAAGUUCUCUCCUUUACCUCUCCAUCUCAAUGUCCGCUACAUCUCCACUCCAACUUCCUUCUCCACUCUCCGCCACCCCCAACGGGAAGAUCAUCAUUUCUUAACCCUCCUUGCUGCUACAGGUGGUGGGGACGACUUCAUUAACGGUAACGACAACAGUUCUGGUGGUGGCGGCGGCGGCGGUGAUAACAAUGAUGAUGGGAAAAACAGCAAUGGAGACAGUAGUGGUGAUGAAAAUGCUGGUAGAAGGAGGGAGGAGUCGUUGAUGCUGCUGGCAGAGGCUGGGAGGACGUUGGACAGUUUGCCUAAAGACUUGGCGGCUGCGAUCCAAGCUGGGAAGAUUCCUCCCGCCGUGAUUGAGAGGUUUUUGGGGCUUGAGAAGUCAGGUCUUAUGCGGUGGUUGAUGCAGUUUGGUGGGUUUAAGGAAAGGCUUCUCGCUGAUGAUCUUUUCUUGGCUAAGGUUGGUAUGGAGUGUGGUGUUGGGAUCUUCACCAAGACUGCAGCAGAGUAUGAUCGUCGCAGAGAAAACUUUUUCAAGGAGUUUGAAAUUGUUUUUGCAGAUGUGGUGAUGGCCAUUAUUGCAGAUUUCAUGCUUGUUUAUCUUCCUGCGCCUACUGUUGCUCUCCGGCCUCCUCUUGCAGUCACUGCUGGACCUAUAUCCAAGUUCCUUUACAGCUGUCCUGAUAAUGCAUUCCAGGUUGCUAUGCCUGGAACUUCAUAUUCAUUUUUGCAGAGACUAGGUGCAAUAGUGCGUAAUGGGACAAAGCUUUUUGCUGUCGGUACCGCUUCAUCACUGGUUGGCACGGCGGUGACAAAUGCCUUAAUCAAUGCAAGGAAGGCUGUUGAUAAGUCUUCUGCAGCUGAAGUUGAAAAUGUGCCCAUAUUUUCCACUAGUGUUGCCUAUGGUGUCUAUAUGGCAGUUUCAAGCAACCUCAGAUACCAAGUGCUGGCUGGUGUAAUCGAACAAAGGAUUUUGGAGCCCUUGCUACACCAACACAAGAUUAUACUAAGUGCUCUCUGCUUUGCUGUCCGAACUGGCAACACAUACUUGGGUUCCCUAUUGUGGGUCGAUUACGCUCGCUUGAUAGGAAUCCAGAAGGCUCAUGAGGAGGGCACUGCGUUGGCUUGAUUUGUUGUCAGUUUCAAAAGUUUGGAAAUGCAUUUUGUUUCUCCAUGCGAGUCACACGAUCCAUCAUAGGUUUCAUUGGAUACAAAUACACAUCCGUAUCAUGUCUAAGCAAACAGUUUUCACUUGAUUUUUCAUCUUGAUCUCAUUCAAUAACAUAUAUCAUGUGUUCAGUCUAUUGAAAUUUGCAUGAAGAGCUAAACUGAUACCUGAAUCAUUUCACGAGACCAAUGCCAAAUUCUCUUUAGUGCGUUAAAAGAACCAAAACAUGCAAAAUUCACUAGAUAGUGCGUUAAAUGCACAAAAAGUUGCUUUGGUCACAUGAUUGUUU